AUGCUGCCACAACACCAGCCGAGGCACGUUCAGCUGUCCAAGAGUGAAGAUGAGCAAGAUGUGAAUCCUACUCAAUACCGGAGAUUGAUAGGAUCAUUGCGUUACUUGUGCAAUACGCGGCCAGAUUUAGCGUUUAGUGUCAGUAUUGCAAGUAGGUUCAUGGAGAGGCCGGAGGUAUCACACUUGGCAGCGGUUAAGAGGAUCCUUAGAUGUGUGAAAGGUACUCUUGGCUGUGGGAUUUUAUUUCCUGCAAGUGACAUGGGAAAAAGUUGUGAAUUACUCGGAUACACCGACUCCAGUUGGUGCGGAGAUAAGGACGAUCGGAAAUCAACAGCCGGUUAUGUUUUUAUGUUCGGAGGAGCACCAAUCUCUUGGUGUUCUAAAAAGGAGCCGGUGGUUGCUCUCUCUUCUUGUAAGGUGGAGUAUAUCGCAGCUUUGUUAUGUGCAUGCCAAGCUGUGUGGCUAGUGAACCUGCUGCGUGAGCUGGACAGCAACACGAGAGGAGCUGUUCUACUGUUGGUGGACAAUGUUUCAGCCAUCAACCUUGCUAAGAAUCCCAUAGCACAUGGGAGGAGCAAGCAUAUUGAGAUGAGAUUCCAUUACUUGAGAGAUUUAGUAAGUUCUGGACAGUUAUGUUUGAGCUACUGCAGAAGUGAAGAACAGGUCGCGGACUUGUUGACGAAAACGGUUACGAAUGAUGUUUUCAAGCGACUCGUGGUGAGGUUGGGCAUGAAGAACAUUGAGCAUUUGACUUAA